AUGUGGGCCCUGCGCGCUGUGGCCGCGCUGGCCGCGUCGCUCGCCGCCGCCUCCCUGCUGCCGCUCGACGCCGAGCACCUGCACGCCAGCGUCGGCGGGUUCGCGGUCAUGAACUGUCACCUCGACUUCCCUUUCGGCAAUGAGAUUCCUUACCACUUGCAAUGGGACAAAGAUGGUGAGGCGAGAGGAAGUAUCCUCCGUUCUCCAGCUCUAGGCCUAGGCCGCGGUGCCUCAUCCCCGGCUAAACAUCAGCCCUAUAGGACUCCGUCUGUGGUGGGUGAGGCGAGAGGAAGUAUCCUCCGUUCUCCAGCUCUAGGCCUAGGCCGCGGUGCCUCAUCCCCGGCUAAACAUCAGCCCUAUAGGACUCCGUCUGUGGUGCUGGGUGGUCUAUUGGCUUGUUGA